UAGAGUGAUUACUCACUACGCGGGGGAGUGAGGUCUAUAUUCGUGCCCCGCCUGCGUCUGCCCUUUAGGUUAUGGAUGGAGGUACCUUCCACAACCUCCUUCAGUGCAUUCCGCUCGCUGACCACCUGUAGAGGGUACGAGAGGAAGUGGUGCUGACAGCAGUGUGAGUAGCCAAUGGUCAGCAUGUAGCGCACGCGCGAGCGCCAUUACCUGCUGGCCGCCUGACAAGGAACUCGCGGGCAAGACAUAAUCACGCGACAUAUUUGACGCACAGCCAGACACCACCACCUAGUUGACGGGAGACAUCUCCCGUCACGCAGGGUACAGUCGCACCUCCACAGAUCUCCAGUAUCAGCUCUUGAUACUGGUAAUGGCACAAAAGGGCCAUCACUUACGGGCUAUUCAUGCCCGUGCCACCUUUUGGGUGGCUUAAUCUUUAUCAAUCAAUCAACCACCACCUAACACCGACCGUCCACCAACGCCACUACCACCCCCCGUCCGGUCAUCUCUUCACAUUAAGAAAUGCGAGGAGAUACUUUCACCCCUGUACGGACGGUCGGCAAGUGGAAUGCGAUGAAAUAAGACGCCCUGGAAGCCACCUCCGUCGACACCUUUAAGGCCAGGUGCUACAAUGAAUUCGUUGAACGUUGUCCAGUAAUGGAGGGCUGGUGGCACUUGCUGGUCAUUCUGGUCGCUGGAAGACAGGUCACCACUAUGUACGUGGGACAACAGGUCACCACUAUGUACGUGGGACAACAGGUCAUCACCCUGGACGUGGGACAACAGGUCACCACCCUGGACGUGGGACAACAGGUCACCACUAUGGACGUGGGACAACAGGUCACCACUAUGGACGUGGGACAACAGGUCACCACUAUGGACGUGGGACAACAGGUCACCACUAUGGACGUGGGACAACAGGUCACCACCCUGGACGUGGGACAACAGGUCACCACUAUGUACGUGGGACAACAGGUCAUCACCCUGGACGUGGGACAACAGGUCACCAUUAUGGACGUGGGACAACAGGUCACCACUAUGGACGUGGGACAUCAGGUCACCACCCUGGACGUGGGACAACAGGUCACCACCCUGGACGUGGGACAACAGGUCACCACCCUGGACGUGGGACAACAGGUCACCACCCUGGACGUGGGACAACAGGUCACCAUCCUGGACGUGGGACAACAGGUCACCACCCUGGACGUGGGACAACAGGUCACCACCCUGGACGUGGGACAACAGGUCACCACUAUGAACGUGGGACAACAGGUCACCACCCUGGACGUGAGACAACUGGUUACUGUGGCUCUUCCUUGCAUAAUUUAUCUUCCUGACGAAAAGCCUCGUCCUUCACGGCCGCUGCCUGCCGCAGUGCAACUCAGACCCAGAUCCUCUCUUCCCUGGACGAUAUACCUGGAAGUAACAGCAGACGGAGACACGGGCGAGGACACCCGUGUGGGUUGCGUUGUGAUCAACGCCACUUCCUCGGGUACCGGCGUCGUGGCGAACUUGGGAGGUUGUCGGAACGCGGCGUUGUGGAGUACGUUAAUACUCUCCUGGCCGGUGAUGCUUUCAUCCGGCUUAUUGUCAGUGUACACAAUCAUUGUGACUUCGGCGGGCAAAAAGCUGACCGUCACUUUGUCAGGGAUAGCCAACCACACUGUUCAGCUGGAUACAGGAGCUAAAAGUGUGCUCGUAGCCGGACAGAGCGGCCAAGUGUCCGUUGCAUUCCCCUCCGUGCACAAGGAGGGUGACUGCAUCAUUCUGGGCGCCGAGUGUACCGACAAUACCUUCGUCAUGCGCGUAAACAGUUCGGUUUUCUUGCGUCCGCCAACCGAUUACCAAGUUCCGGUAUAUGUGUUUCUGAAACAAUCGGAGUGUUUAGACGACAUCAUCUUUGGUGAGCUACCGGUAGGUAAGGGUAGGUCAGGGUGGGCCAAGUUGGACGUGGUGUACACCCGAGACGACACCAAUCACACCGUGAGCGUCCAGCUCAGCAACACCGGGGUCUCCGUCCUCAGCAGCACCCAGCCUCACCAUGGCCAGGACUGCAGUGAUCGCUGGCUGAGACUUGGAGUCUCAGCCGCUAGCUUCUCCCUCGACUGUGAUCCGAGAGGCAACGCCUACUAUUGAAUAAGAAUAACCGGGGGAACCUACAAAGAAAAAUAAGAUAAAUAAAAUUGGUGUCUAUCCAGGAUUAGACAAAAUAUCAUCUCGCCCAAAAUGCUGUGCGGUUUGUGGAUUUACAUGACUGUAAUUUCCAUACCAACAUUGUUAUAGAACCAAAUGACACCUACAAUUUACAGAGAAUUCUGUCAAAUGUUCAACAAUUAAGUGUAAGUAUUUCAUUUAAAAUGAUGUACUACCAAAAAACACACAUAUAGAAAAUGUUCUUACAUUAAGCAUUGCAUGCACGUUAUUGUAACCUUGUCACCGUCGCCCACUGCAUGCAUGUCUGGUGCAUGACGGUCAAAAUUAUAUGUAACUGGCUCACCACAGAUAUAAAUUGUAUAGCUAAAUGAAGAUUUCGGGCUUUAG